AUGGACGUGGCCGCUGGUGCGGGGGCGGAGGAGGUCGAAGUGGUGGGCGCUAUGUUCCCGGGACCCGACGGCGAGCCGCCUCCGGGUGUGACCGCUGCCGCUGCCGCGCUGCGCAGCCGUCAGCCCGCCGCCUUCUCGCUUCGCCUUCCUCUCCAGCCUUCAGCGGAGGCAGAUGACGACCAGGCGGAGGUCACGAUCGAACUCUACUGCGCGCUGCCAGCGACCUAUCCCAUUCAGCCGCCGCAAUUCGCCGUACGCGGGGCCGAACACGAACACCACCAGCUGCCGCCGGGUGGGCCGCGAUCGGUCCUAUCGCGAGCGGCGGCGGACGACCUACAGAGGCGCCUGGCCCUGCACGUCGACGCCCACUGCCCGGCGGGCGAGGGCCGGCUGUUCGAGGCCAUCCGCUGGCUGCAGGAAAACGCCGCGGCGAGCUUCGCCUGGACCGCUCAGCCGUUGACCACCACCACCGACAAGAACGAGGGUGGAGAGGAAGAGCGGCACUGGCUGUGGUCGCAUCACAUCUACGGCAAGAAGAAGCGGCGCAUCAUGCCGGAGUGGGCCAGCGAGCUGCGACUGCGCGGGGCCUGUCUGGCGGGCAAGCCCGGCCUCAUUGUGAUCGAGGGCGACUCGCAGCGCGUGCGUGAGUUCGUUAGGCGAGUGCGUGCCAUGCCCUGGCAGCGAAUGGUGAGCAAGUUGGAGGAGAGACUACCGCAGGGAGAAGACAGCACAAAACGCUUUCCGGCGUUCAAGGAGGUCACCUUCGACGGCCUGAAGGAAAUCCUCGAGCGUCUUGGGAUCGAGCACCGACUGGGCGAGAAACCGGCUGUGGCGCAAUUGGUAGCGCGGUAG